CCUGCCUCUUCCGGACCUUCUUCCUAAACGAGAAGGGAACCCCAUCAGAAAUAAGUUGAAAAACUUUCAUUGGUUAUCCUGGUAUUUGUGGUAAUACCGAAUAAAUCCAAUCCAACCCUACUCCACCUCGUUUCCAUAUACGCGGAUAUGGAGUCACGCUUGACUGGUCACUCACAUAGCUCCAUCUCAGUAUCUGCCCGGCGCCUGCCACUUCCCGGAAUUUUGGGUACUAAAGGUAAUGAACACCGUUUUCUGAGUGUCACCAUGGCCGUAUCAAGCAGAGAAGCAGCGUCUAUGGUGAUGAAGCAAGCCUCAAGCCAACCGGACAUACCUGAAGAGCAGAUGGCUGUGGGAGAAUAUUUAACAGCUUCAGAGGCACUAAAUAAACAACUGGAGCAAUUGAAGAAACUUCCAGACAGUAAAAAAUGGGCGUUUGGUUAUGGAUCUCUCAUUCUCUCCAUCAACGCUGGUCUAGUUGGAGUGAUAGGCAACUCUUUCUUCCGUCGCAUGUUGAUGGUUCGUAAGGGUUUGUUUCUGACCAGCAUACCAAGUGCACUGAUGCCUGGACUCCUUAUUGGUCCAAUCUACAUGAAGUGUGUCACGUACCCAAUACUGUUGAAUGACUUGAACUGUGCUGUGUGUGCCGAUAUACGAGGUGGAUUGAUCAACUUCCUCCUUGGGACCGCGUACCCCAUCUUUUUGGCAGCCCCUCUCAGUGCAGCCUUAGCCUAUCGAUAUGACACCGUCAAGCUACCUGCCUUGUCCUAUAAAAACUUUGACCAAAGGCAAUUUGUUGAUUUCUGGAGGAGCAAGGUUCGAUACUUCAAGGGACAGUUCAUCACCAUAGCGAUUUUCCAGACAUGCUUUGGUAUGUUUAUUGCCGGUUCUCAGAUGCAAGUCGCCCGGCAAGAACUUACUCGGAAAUUCACCAAAGUAGACCAUUGAGAGGCGCAUGUUUCAUGGAGUCUCUUGAAAGUAGUGAAUGGUGUACAUUUACAUGUACAACGGCAAUAGAUGGUACAGAGGAUAUAUCAGCUCUCAGAUGUCAAAGGUCAAACCAUUGCUACUAAUGUGAGGGUGAUGUUGAGGGUAAAGUUAAAUUUACCUGACAAGUGGACAGAUCGUUGUUUGUUUGAUGACAGAUUCUGACGGGAAAGCUGUCUCUUCCCUUACCCCAGGGUCAUUAUUUUUAUCACUGUCUAUUCUCCUUUCCACUGCCUUUGCACAGUAUGCUAUAUUUGGAGCAAAAACGACGUUAGGAACACACCCCACACAAGCACUCACUGGAGCUGCUUGAUACAUUUGAAGCAAGAUAUGGGAUGGAGAGCAACCACCCCCCCACCUUUGUGUUGGUGAUUGUUUGAUAGAAAUCUUAGGAAUUCUUUUCAGAUAUCUAGGGGGGACGUGUCAGGUAACAAUAGUCUAGAGCGUGUAUAGAGAUUGGACAUGUAUGGGGGUGCCCCUUUGUCCCAUGUCUUGCUGGGUAUAGCUUUAAAUGUUUUAUGAAUUUAAAUUGGCCAAAUAUGUGUUAUUUUAUUCAAGACAGUUUCUUAAAAAAGCUAGAUCCUCAAAAUAAACCUGUGACCUUGCUUUGUUGUUUGUUGUUUGUAUGCAGAUUUCAGCAACUCUUUUUUGAAUGUGUGUUUUUUACUUUCUCUUUGUCAAUCUUUGUGUCCGGUAAAUCGUGUCAGGUUUUAGGGAAAUGUCACAGGACGAAGAAAUAACAGCCAUUGAUGCAUGUUGUUAGAGUAUUAUGUAAACUCCUGUGCACAGUUUACAGAAACUUGCUGAUAUUAGAAAACUCAGCUCUGCAUUUAUCUAAAAUUGCAAAUUAAGGAUUCCCAACAUUUACCGUUUUUAUGUUUUUUUUUAAAGUUAUACCUUUAUUAAAGGGUCUUGUCCUAUAGUGUUGAUUAUUAUGUACACAUCAGUUAUUCGUUCAUCUUUGUUCAUCUUCACAGCCUCCAAUUCAAUCCAUUGAUGGCAAUGUGCAUCAUCACCGCUUGUUCAAAGUUUUGAAAAUUUAAUAAAAUUGAAUUAAAGGUGAUUGAAAGUG